GGAUCGACCCGCACCCCAAUUCCCGAUUCUCUCUUUCCCAGCAAAAAGAAAGAUAUUUUUUGCAAAUUUCCUUCAUCGUUACGCGGCUGAGAGGCAAAGAAACAUUAUUUUGUUAAGUAUUUUGAGUUCCUACUUGGCCUUCCGUUUUUCAACAAACAACCACCUAAAGCCUCAACGCUUUCAGAUAUUUUCAUUAUUAGCUUUUGGAUUAAUGACAAAGAGGAUGGGGUACUAAUAAUACCAAGAUUUUAUAUUUAUUUACUCCCUCAAACCUUUCUCUUUUUAUUUUUUAUUUUUCUCUUCUUUAUUUUGGAAUCCUAUUGUUGUUAUUGUUACUGUGAUUUGGGUUUUUGUAAAAAUUGUGAGAAAAUCUUUGGGUGUUUGUUUGUCUCUGUGGUGUGGUGUGUUUGUAGGGUGUUUGAGAAUGGGUGAAGUUGUGGUGAGUGGUGAGCAGGAUAUGGUGGAGAUGAGAGAAGCAGAGAAAAGUGAGCAGAGUAAUAAGAAGGGGAAGGAAGAAGAUGAAGAUGGUGGAUCUACCACUGAAAUGGUGAGGUGGGAAAAGUAUCUUCCGAGAAUGGUUUUGAGGGUUCUGUUGGUUGAAGCUGAUGACUCUACGCGUCAGAUUAUUUCAGCUCUGCUUCGUAAAUGCAGCUACAGAGUUUCUGCAGUUCCUGAUGGAUUAAAGGCAUGGGAGACUUUGAAAGGGAAACCUCAUAACAUAGAUCUCAUACUAACUGAAGUGGAGUUGCCAGCAAUAUCUGGAUUUGCACUUCUUUCUUUGGUGAUGGAGCAUGACAUUUGUAAAAAUAUACCUGUCAUUAUGAUGUCCUCUCAAGAUUCAAUUAGUAUGGUCUUGAAAUGUAUGUUAAAAGGUGCAGCGGACUAUCUCAUUAAGCCUGUUAGAAGAAAUGAAUUGAGGAACCUUUGGCAGCAUGUAUGGAGGAGGCAUACUCUGCUUGGUAGACAGUUUCCUCAAGACAUGGCCAUGCUGGAGCAUAAAGUGGAGGCAACUUCUGAAAACAAUGCAGCCAGCAGCCAUUCUAGUGAUGCUGCCGCUUCUAUGCAGAAAACUCGGGAAUGCAGUGAAAAGGGGAGUGAUGUCCAAAGCACUUGUACCACGCCUUACUUGGAAGCUGAGAAUAUAUGCGUCCAAAAUAUGCAGGAUAUUUCGCGGCUAAAGUGUGGUAAUGCUUCUAAUUUGAGCAAUACUGAUAUGGAGAGGCAUGAAGAGUGUACUAAAAUGGAUGAAGAAUCAGUUAUGCUUGAAAUCGAGGAAGGAGAGAAGCCUAGAUUCAGAAUGGAGGAUGGACCUUGCAGUGGAGUUUUAAAAUCAACAGCUUUGAGACUGGAACCAAAACUUGUGGCUCAGAAUGGUAGUGUACAACCAGAAAGUUUCAAAGUCAGUGCCAAUGUCAGUGGACUCAGUACUGAGAUACAAAAACACUAUGUAGAAUCGGCUGAACCUUCUUGUGGAGUUAUCGACUUGAUUGGAAAGUUCGAUAAUCGAUCGACGUGCAUUGAUGGUCGCUCUGCUAUCAAUGCUGAUGGUUUAAACAACUCUGAAUGUGCUCCACAAUUGGAACUUUCUUUGAGGAGAAUUUGUACGAGCAACUCAAAUAACCAGGGGGCUGGUGAAAGACUUAUACUGAAUCAUUCUAAUGCUUCUGCAUUUUCAUUGUAUAAUAACAGUAAGACAUCGCAACCCCUUAUCCCAGUACUUUCCAGUAAUUGUUCUAAGUCAGAGGACGGUGCUCAUGAGCUAUUGUUCAGUCAAUCCUCUGGAAAUUCUAAUAAUGCCAUGCAACACCAUGGUGCCGCAACAAGUAAUUGUCAGGAAACUAUGGCUUCAUCAGCUAUCAGUCAAUCUGGGCAAACCAAAUCAUCCUUUCCAAGCCCUCAACUUGGGCUGAUUCCAGUCACGGGGCUAAGAUUUGAUAAUGUCUCUCCUGGAUAUGGUCAGUUUUUCCCAUCCUUGUUUUAUACACAACAAAGUGCAUCCUCCAUAUGGAGUCCUAAAUCAGCAUGCCAGCGAGAAAAGUCCCCCUUUCCUACCUCGGGCCAUUCAAAUCCUGACACUCAUACUUCAGAGAAAGGUCAUCACCAUUAUGAGGAAACUAUCAACAAUUCUGUUGAUCAGGAUAAACCCGAACAUGAUAAUUUUGAUACUAUGGAGGAAUUAAGACCUGGAUCUCCUACUGAUGAGCAGAACGCUAGCAGUAAUUUAUCCAACGGCGCUGCAAGUCAUAUUAGUGGCGGUGCAUACGGGACUUCUGAUAGCAGAGGUGAUGGAAAUGGAAGUUCGGGUAUGGCGGUUGAAAAGGCCACAGCUCCUCAAAGUGUGAAUGACACUAGUCAUUUCAUCCAUGAGGGAUUUAAAGGGAUGGAUUCUCUCCGGUCAAGUCAGAGGGAAGCAGCUCUAACCAAGUUCCGACUGAAACGGAAAGAUCGAUGCUUUGAGAAGAAGGUCCGAUAUCAAAGCCGGAAAAGACUAGCAGAGCAGCGGCCGCGAGUGAAAGGACAGUUUGUACGCCAAGCACAGGCUGACUCUCCAGUCGUUGAUGCAGAUGGUUCAUGAAAUUCGUAUGCUAAAGUUGUUUACAUUUCAAGCUGUGAGUUUCCCGUGCCGUCCCGUUAACAUGGAAUAUAGCUAGGAUAGAACUUAGAAGCAAAGAAUCUUUGAUUGUUCGAUGCAGGGUCUACCAUAUGUGAAGGUUUUUGGUAGAGUAGAGUAGGAUGGUGAUAGAGCGACAUAAUAGACCUAGUAUAGUGGGGUUGCUGCUAAAGAUAAGCUACGAUUGGGUGUCUUUGGCGUUGCCAAUUAGUUUUGUCUAGUGAUUUUUGAGAUCUUUUGGUUCUUUUGGUACUGAAAUAGGCGGUGUUAGCUCUAAUUAUAUGGUGGUGUUGACUGAGUUAAUUAUUUAGAUAAUUAUGUUUUGCAUGUAACUCAGAGAAAUAUUCAAAUGUAGCUAGUUUUGAUUGUAAUAUAAAAGUGCAUUCACUAGGUUUGAAUAUACAGGUUAAUGAUAUCUCCAUUAGAAGCA